AUGAUUUAAAAUGAGAAAAAUGAUUUCAAGAUCGAGAUACUUAUUAAUGAAUUUAAAUUAUGUAAAGCUUCCAUUAAUAAUUUCCAUUAACUUAUAAGUUUGAUCAAACUCUAAGGUUCAAUCAAUCAAUAAUUUUUCUAAGGCUUAUAAGUGGUGAUAUAUUUUAAUAAUGCAUUGUGUAGAGAGAAUCACAAAAUUAAAAUUCUGAUAUUGUCUUAAAAUAUAGAUAAAAUAAAAAAUUUGAUGAAGCAUUCAAAAAAUUCUAUUAUAUCAAUAGAUAUUUCAACUUAGAAAAACCUGUAAUUUCAAAUCUUGCGUGUUAUGUGGGAUUGCAAAAGAUAAGUAACUUUGUGUGUAUGUAAGAAAGGAUAAAAUGAAGUUAAUGGAUAAUGUUUAGAUCUCUUCAAUUAAAUAUUAUCUAUAUUCUAAAGAAAAGAAUUUACUCUAGUAUCGUCUCAACUAACUUAUUUUCCAUCAUUCAGUAAAAUUUGCAAAUUAUAUAUUAUAAAUAAUUGUUUACAUUGUUUUGUAUAUAUUGGAGAUUCCUAAAGUAAUUCUCUUGAUAAUUUAGAUAAAAGUUUUUAUUAUGAAGAGAAUUCGGUAAAAUUAGUGUCUUUAAUGUUAAGAUGGUUUUAUAUUUCAUUGUUAUUUGGUAAAAUGUAUAAAGUAGACUCUAAAUAUAUAAAACUGUUUAACUUCGUAUGUAUGAGAAUUUAAAGAUCUAUGUAUUGUAUAAACUUUAGAGAAGUUUCAAGUUUCUCGAAAAAUUAACAAAUGUGA